AUGCGUUCACCGGUGUCAUCGAUUGUCGGGCCGCAAUACCUCCUUGCCUACGAUGCAAUACUUUUUGGCAUAUCGGCCGGGUAUAAGAAUUUCCCCCCAAAAUGGUAUUUGUUCUGGGAGCAAACGAGCAGUCUCUGGGCCUCGAUAGGAUUCUGGAAAAAGCAUGCGGGUGUGUUCGUUUCUACGGAGGUGCUUGGCGGAUGUCAGGAAGCUGCAUGCAUUGCUGCCAUGAGUACUUUGACUUACCAUGGACUAUUUUAUGUCCCGCUGGGGGAAACAGCAUUAUUACCUUAUAAAGAAGGGCUUGCUUAUGGCCAGGGGGCAAGUGCCUGGGGUGCUGGGACCAGUCAGGGAUCUGACGGUAGUCGUCUGCCGUCUGAACUUGAGCUGGAAAUUGCUGAACUUCAAGGUAAAUUAUUUUAUCAGCAUAUCAUCGAAGGCUGUCAGCGAAAAGGGGGUACUAGAGGCAAGAAAAGGCGGCCUGUGAUUGAGAAUAUAUCGGAAAAUCCUUAA